CGGUGUUUAUGUAUGUUGCGCGGUGGGUUAUGGGUGUGCGCAGAGAAGUAAAAUGGCGGAAUUGGCAAACGAAGAGAAGCCUGCCAUAGCGCCACCAGUGUUUCUGUUCCAAAAAGAUAAAGCACAGAAGAGAUCAGCUGAUGGCUCGAGUGCAGAAGAUGAAGGUUCAGACAAAGAGGAUGGUGGCUACUUUCCUCCAGUAAAAAGAGAGAGGACUUCAUCUUUAACACAGUUCCCACCUUCACAUUCUGGGUCUUGUAAGAACAAUGUCUUCAUGCCCUCAACUUUCUGCCAGUCUCCAACUGGGAAUUCAGAGGACUCAGAACCAGAUGAGAAGCCUGUAGGAUUUCGUUUAAAACCACCUACUCUCAUCCAUGGUCAGGCGCCUAGUUCAGAUUGUGUUCCAGGCGUCCCCAGUCAGAAACCCAAGGAGCAGCAGCGCAGUGUGCUCCGGCCAGCCUUGCUCCAGGCCCCACCAGUCAAGUCCAACUCAGAGUCCACUAACGGGGUGAAGAAGUUUUCCGACGUAACGUCAGAAGGGUCGAGCAUCUUCCAGAACAACACUGAGCACUCAGACGUCCUCGCUAUGUCACCGAAACAUGAAAGGGAGGAUGGAGCGAGCAGAGAGAAGAACGAUUGUUCUGCAGAGUCCUCUUUCGUGUUUGGGCAAAAUAUCAAAGACCGAGCAAAGUUGGACGAGAAUAGUAAAGAUGGCAAGUUGUUACCCCUGGAUUCUCAGGAGGGAACAAACUAUUUCUUACAAUACAUCGCCACCCCCAGUUCAAAGAACGCCAUACACAAUACCGACAAGGGGGCCAAAUUUGUCUUUGGACAGAACAUGUCAGAGAGAGUCCUAAGCCCUUCCAAGGGAGGGGAGGCAUCAGUGGAAGACUGUAAAGUCUUACCAGCUCCCCCUGUGUCUGAAUCCUUAUCCAAGGAAAACAUACCAGAGAAGGGUAACAAUGUGACAGAGUCACUGGAGGAAUCUGCAGCAGCGUACACCAAAGCCACAGCCAAGAAGUGCAUCUUGGAGAAGGUAGACGUCAAAACUGGAGAAGAAUCAGAAAGUAACGUUUUGCAGGUCCAGUGCAAGUUGUUUGUGUUUGACAAGACAGCCCAGACGUGGAUAGAGCGGGGUCGAGGGCUGCUCAGGCUUAAUGACAUGGCAUCCACAGACGACGGAUCACUACAAUCACGUCUAGUUACUGGAUAUUGGCGGGAACUGGAACAACCUGUCGUACACAUCAAUCCAGAGCCAUCCAAAACAUGCUCAAUGGGUGACAUGUCUGUGAUGCGGACCCAGGGCAGCCUUAGAUUGAUCCUGAACACCAAACUGUGGCCUCAGAUGCAAGUGGACAAGGCCAGCGAAAAGAGUGUCCGUGUCACCGCCAUGGACACAGAAGACCAAGGGGUUAAGGUCUUCCUAAUAUCGGCUAGUUCUAGGGAGGACACAGGUCAGCUGGCAGCAGCCCUGCACCAUCGUAUCCUGGCCCUGAAGAGCCGGGCGGACCAGGAGCCCCAGGAGGCCCCGGCUGCAGACUGUGCCCCCGAGGCUGACUUGCCCCACUCUGAAGGGGACAGCGAUGAGGAAGAUCAGGUCAACAAUGCUGCAGUUAACUCAGAGGGAGGAGAUGCCCAGGCUGCUGGAAGUACAUAGCGUUAGUCCCCCUAAAGGAUUGCCUGCCAGGAUACUGCUACUGCUGUUUUGGCAUUUUACUGAGGACAUCCCAACGGACACCCUACCCUGACCAACAUGGGUCCUUCAGACCAGUACUUUUGGAUACUCAGAAGUCAAGCUCCAGUUAUUUUUUUCUUUACAUUCAAUCAACAUUAAAACAUCUGGAGUUGUAUUUUUUAUUGUUAUAUUUUAUUUUUAUCUUUUGUUUUCUUAGCUGCAAAAAUAAAUACUUAUUUUUGCAGCUGAGACAAAAAAAAAAUUGGGGGACUUGGCUGCUCAUCAUAUUGAUGAGUGUGGGGGUGUUUUCCUCUCCAACAUUUUAAGGUAUGGCACAUGUUUAAGACUGCAGUUUCUACCUUGGGACUUUUUUACUCACCAGACCACCACCACACCUCUGGGACCCAACCAACCACCCCAGACUCCAGAGGAACUCCUGUCUGUCACCGUAUACUGACCUGUCUUAUGGUCAGUCAUUUGACUGGUUUCUACGUCAUCCCCAUCCAUGCAGCUUUCACAUGGGGGCUGAUUCCGACCUGAGUUAAGCGGGCGUAAAUGGAACGUAAUUCCCUUUUUAUGCACUUUUCUCUCUGACCUAGAACUUAAUCCACUAAUAAUUCCACCACCUUUACGAGUGAGGAUACCAUGAAUAUGGCAGAAAACUGAAGUAUAUAAAAAUGUCCUGCAGUAAAGUUUAUGAAAUGCUGUGUCAUUAUGCAGAAUUUAAUUUGUAUGGCCCUUUAACUUGCAGGGAUGGGCACUCUCAAAAGUCUUAAUUUUAGGCUACCCCCAACUUUCUCCGUUUCCUAUUUCUAUCAUGUUAAAUAUUAGCCACUAUCAGUAUCGACGGUCAGUAGGCCUAAUAACCACACUUAUACCAUGGCGUUGUUAAGUACUAGUUUCUGAAGGGGAUUCUAGAACGUGCGUUAUAGGGAAAUAAAGCACAGUAUAUCAGCACGGUAGAAUUCAAUGGCUAUAGUUCAUCAUUACAUGUUCUGUGUUUGAGCUGCAUUGAAAGCAAAAGUUGAAUUGAAAACAUUGGCAUUGUUGAAUUAGAUUUUCAUAAUCGCAAGCUGGGUCUGAUGGUUUGGUUAGCUAAACUAGCAAGUCUGUUUUGUUAUCUAGUAAAGUUCCUAGCUACCUUAGUGAAUGUUGAACACAUUUCUAGAGGCAAAUGUGUUAAAUUAUUGGCAUGGUAUAAAAGGGAUAAUCAACUCGGGGCUCUGCUUUCUCUGGAAAAUAAUGCAACUCGUGGAAGGUCAGUUCCACUCUAGUACGUCGUGGGACACACCUUCCACAUCGUUCAUUAUUUUCCAUAGAACGCAUAGCCCCUCGUUUAUUAUCCCUUAAAUAUUCAUUCUGCCAAUUUGCUGUUCCCUUUAUCAUUGCAUUUAAUUACAUUGUUUUAAUUACCUUAAUUUGCUUCCUCUGUAAAUGCAGUCAUGGCUAUGUGGUUGUUGCUGACGAUCAUUAGUAAUAGUUGGUAAUAUAUUUUUUAAACGUGUAGGCUAAUUAAAUCAUGGAGUUGAGAGCAAACCAAGCUGUAACAGUUUGAACACGACACAAUACUUGGCCGUAUCAUCACACAGUUUCAUGGUCAGUGCAUGCAAUAGACGAUGGUAGAGCCUACUAUUGUACACUAUUCUCCCUAUUAUAAUUCAAUAUACGCUACUCUUCCAACAUUGCCAUGGGUAAUUGAAUGUGGCAAUUUUCAGAAUGAAUCAAACCUUUUUCUUUCUUUCGUGCAUAAAGUCUCGCUAAACCUG